AUGUCAGAGCCAGGUGCUCUAUGGAAACAUGCAUUUCAAGGCCAAGACUGGACAACACAUUUCCGUGAUGUGUAUUUGAAUACAAUGCUUCCUUUUCUUCUCGUCGGACUCUCACUCUUGGUUCUUGGGGUGAAAGCAUUGUUGCGCAGGAAACUAUUCGAUGCGCAGACAGACUUGGAAAUAGAAGCUUUGGAUCCAUGGUUCAACAAGAGUGAAGAAGACGAUGUAACUGAGCGUGUACUCCGCGCCGAAAACGCAAUGCUGAUCGAUGCCACAAUAGCCAUUCACGAACGUGAAGCGCACGAAAAGAACGCGCUUUAUGGCAAUCAAUCUACCAAGAAACAGCGACUGGAAAUCACCUGUGCCGUCAUACUUUUACUUACACACGUUUUGGGUAGUUUUCUCGCGAGUUCCGCAAAAUGGGAGAGAGGUUGGCUUGUAUUCUGGGCGUACGGAUUGGCUGUUUCUGUAUACUCGUAUAAAACUGGCGUGCGAGCGCACAUUAGCAAGCAUUUGGUCUCGAUAACGUACAUGGUUGUCACAGUUUCAAACCUCCGUACUGCUAUGCUUACCUCGGCGAGUCAGCAAGUCCUCUUACUCACAAUUGUGCAACUCAUACUGGCGCUGUGCAUGGUCGGCUUUAGCAUUUUUUCGCCCAUGACGCAACGGCCGCCCCGCAAGCUACGCAAGCUGCUAGAAGCGAUGCAUACCCGGGGAAAUCCUAAUUAUCGCAACAAUGUUGCACAAGCAACGUCUGGUGCACAGAAUUCGCCGCCUUGCGCCUACUUGCAAUCCUCGUUUGCAUCUCGUUGCACGCGACAUUUUAUCAAACCGUUCCUGAAGAAACACUACAAAGAGCCGCUCACCAUCUCAGGCGUACCGAAUAUCGAGCUGGGCUCGUGUGCUGCUCCUGCCAUAACCAUGUACCGUCUGAAAACCAACAAAAAAGGCGCACAAGCCAAAAAAAAUGGAGUCGCAUCUGCUUUAUGGUGGCGCUUGCUCGUCAACUUUGUUCCUGCCAUGACGUAUCAAAUGGCGUGUGGCGUCUUGGAAACAUUGUUGAGCUUGGCCCCUAUUCUAUUUCUCCAAACCAUCCUCGACUUUUUUACGAAACGGUCCAAUGGAGAAGCACCUGCGUUGCAUAUGGGAAUUCUAUAUGCACUCUUGGGGUUUCUGAGCCAAGUCACUUUUUCCUUCUUUCAGUCGCAAAGUCUCAUGGCCGGAAGGCACAUUGACAUACGCAUCCGUGCGAUUUUAACCUUUGAGAUUCUCAGCAAAGCGCUGCGUCGUGGACUUUCGCUUGCAAGCAUAGACAAAAAUUCGCCCAUUGCAACCGAUGGCCAAGUAACAAACCUCGUUUCCGUGGACGUGAACAAGAUUGCCGAAUUUUCGUCGCAAAUGCACUAUUUAUUCCCUGUGCACCCGCUCAAGAUUGCACUUUCGAUUGCCUACUUGAUCCAUUUGCUUGGAAAAUCGGCCAUUGUGGGCGUUGUGCUUUUAAUCGUCGCAAUUCCAUUUCAAACAUUCAUUGCUAGAAUAACGGGAAGAGUUAUGGCGCGCUUGUUGCGCACAAAAGACGCGCGACUCGAUUUAUCUUGCGAGUUGCUUGCAUGCAUGAAAACGUUGAAGUUUUACGCGUGGGAGAAGCCUUUCAAGGAGCGCAUGGCAAACAUCCGGUCUAGCGAGUUGCAGCAGCUACGGCAAACCUUUCUUCUUUAUGCAAUCAACCGCCUUACGUUCGUGGCUACGCCCAUGCUCGUCAUUCUUACUACAUUUGGCACUCAUACGCUUGUCUUCCACGAGCCACUCAUUGCUUCCAAAGUCUUUACAGCGCUCGCAUUGUUCAAUCUUCUGAGGAAUCCAUUAAGCGACAUGCCUGCAAAACUUCUCUGGUUCAUCAACUCGGUUGUCUCUAUGCGCCGUAUUGUCAAGUUCCUCGACGAGCCCGAUACGACAAAGUAUAUGCAAUUUGUGACGGAUGAAACAGAAUCGCAGCCGAAAAUCAUUCAGAUCGGGUUUCAGGACGCCACGUUUUCCUAUGCUCAAACGGCGGCGAGUCAGUUCCAAUUGCGCGAUCUUAACUGCAAGUUCCCGACCGAGAAGCUCAGCAUUGUGAGCGGCCCUGUCGGAAGCGGAAAAACUUCGCUGCUCCUUGCACUCUUGGGAGAAAUGCACCGCAUUUCCGGUAAGACUAUCAUGCCCUGCGCUAUUGCGCGCUCACUCGUUCCCCAUGAUCCACGCACUGGACUGGCAGAGACAGUGGCUUACUGCAGCCAAAGUCCUUGGCUUCUCGGUACAACUGUGCGCCAAAACAUUUUGUUUGGCGCCAAGUAUGACGAAGAGCGCUACCAGCAAGUGCUCGAUGCAUGUGCGCUUGGUCCUGACUUGGAGAUUCUUGAGUACCACGACGAGACAGAAGUGGGUGAAAAAGGAACGGCACUUUCUGGUGGGCAAAAAGCUAGGAUUGCUUUGGCCCGUGCAUUUUAUUCGAACGCCAAGUACCUUUUAGUGGACGAUGCGCUCUCUGCGGUUGAUGCACAAACCGCCCGGCACCUUGCUGAGAAGUGCUUUGCUGGUCCACUUGCCAAAAACCGGACCAUUGUGCUUAUUACGCAUGCCAUGUCGUUGAUGCUUCCAUUUGCUUCUUACGUCGUUGUCAUGGAAAAAGGACGUGUUGCGUGCCAAGACAGACCCACGGCUUUGCUGAUCAAUGAGCAGAUUGUGGACUCAGUUGUAGCGCAGAAACUCGGUCUCGAAAAUACCGACCCCGCAAGUGCCGCCCAUGCAAAGCAGUCAGAAGACAAGGCGGAAUCCAUGUAUGAGGCGUGUGAACAAGGUGCAAAGCAAGCGCGCGCCCGCAAAGCUCUUGCGGAUACAAACGAAGAGAACAUUUCACGCCGUGAGUCCAACACAGCUCUGUAUUUGGUUUACAUGAGCGCCGUCUCCAACAAUCGUACUUAUGCGAUCGCUAUAUGGGCUUUGCUUUUCUGCGCUUAUGCUACUAUCCGCGGUGUGGAUGUUGGGAGCGGAGCAUGGCUGCGUGGCUGGGCAGGCUCGUAUGAAACAAACGAUACCAGUGUUUUUGCAACACUCCAUGCGCGGAUGUAUGCCCCAGCUGCCGUUCAAAACCAAGUAAAUUGUUCCGAAGAUACCGUACGAACGCUGCAUUUCCUGAAAGGGUACGCACUUUUUAUCUGUGCUUUUAUUGCACUGAGCUUUUUUUGCGAUCUGGUCCAGUUCCGCACUUCCUUGCGUGCCUCUGCUUCUUUGUAUACAACGCUCAUAAAUUCCCUGCUUGGCGCACGGCUCCAAUUUUAUGAGCGUACGCCCAUCGGGCGUAUCACAAACCGACUUUCCCACGAUGUGGACGAAGUUGACCAGGCGUUGGCACCAUUCAUUCAAAUGACAUGUACCUAUGUGCUCACACUUCUUGCUACGAUUAUCGUGAUUUGCUGGGCAACGCCGCAAUCGCUCAUUGUUAUUGCGCUCGUCUUCCUUUUAUACUGUUCCAUUGCAAAGCUCUAUCUUGGAUCUGCGCGCGACUUAAAGCGUCUGGAAAGUGUGCAGCGCUCCCCUUUAUACACACUGCUGGGCGAGAGCAUGGCUGGUACGAUUACGAUUCGUGCAUUUGGCGAUGCUGAGCGCGUCAAGCUUCAAUGUCUCGGCUGUCUCGACAAGUGGAACAGCGCGUAUAUCAUGCUUUGGUACGUCAACCGCUGGCUUUGUAUGUACACGGACUUGAUCGGUGCGUCCAUUACCUUGACCGCAUCGAUCUUUUUGCUUGUUGGCACAGCCGAUGCGCCACUUGCUGGCUUCACGUUGUCCUACGCCAUCAAUUUGCUAGAAGUAAUGCUUUGGGUCAUUCGAUCGUACUCCUUCCUGUCUGUAAGUAUGAAUUCGGUGGAGCGUAUCAGGGAAUACAUUGAUAUUCCUAGCGAGCGUAAGGGUGGUAAGGAACCGCCUGCGUACUGGCCUACAUCCACAGGCUCGAUUUGCGUUGAAAAUCUGUCUGUUCGGUAUGGUCCUGACACGCCCAUGGUAUUGCACAAUGUGUCCUUUACCAUCCGGUCUGGUGAGAAGAUUGGAAUUGUGGGCCGUACGGGCAGCGGUAAAUCAACCCUUUCCCUUUCCUUUUUCCGUUUCCUCGAGGCGCAAAAUGGCUCGAUUGUGAUUGACGGCAUUGACAUCAGUACCAUUGCGUUGGAAUCACUACGCAAACGCCUUACAAUAAUCCCGCAAGAUGCGCAACUCUUCCAUGGUACGAUUCGUAUGAAUCUCGAUCCGUUUGGCUUGGCCGACGACCACAGCCUAUGGUUUGCGCUGCGGUGCUGCCAAAUGGCGCGCGGUACCUAUGAGCCUUCGUAUGUGCCCGAUGCGGAUAGUCCUGUCAAGUCGUUGGAGGAUCCCGUGGAACAAAGCGGCGCUAACUUUAGCGUCGGCCAGCGCCAGCUCUUGUCGUUGGCGCGCGGCAUGCUAAAAUUGCGUGAUAGCCGCAUCCUGAUUCUUGACGAGAGCACAGCAAAUCUUGACGCCGAGUCUGAUGCACGUAUUCAAAAGAUUCUCCGCGGAGAAAUGGCGCCGGGCUCGACUAUACUUACCAUCGCGCACAGACUGAAAACCAUUAUUGACUACGACAAGGUCCUUGUUCUGGACCGCGGCCGUAUUGCCGAGUACGAUUCGCCUGCAAAGCUUUUGCGUGACUCUACCACCAUGUUCUAUUCAUUGUGUCAACAAAGCGGCGACUUUGAUAUGUUGUAUAGCGGCACCGCACAGGCUGUACCCAAGCAAGCGUCGUAG